CGAUAAUAUCAUCGAUAAUAUAACAUCUCUAGUAAACGCAAGCACGGGCACUCAGAAACGCACACAUCUUGGUUGAAUGGAUCAGUACACGGUGCUGACGGGAGACCGUUCGAAAAUCAAGGAUCUGCUCUGCAAUCGCCUCAUCGAAUGUGGUUGGCGGGAUGAGGUGCGGCUGCUGUGCCGCAACAUUCUGCUUGAGAAAGGAGGCAACAACAGCAUCACGGUGGAGCAGCUGAUCACUGAGGUGACGCCCAAAGCUCGCACAUUGGUGCCAGACGCUGUAAAGAUGGACUUGCUCAUGAAGAUACGCACCAUUCUAGCCGAGAAUGACGCCGACAUAUAGGUUGCAAGCUUUUGCCCAUUUUAAUAUGUACUUACGUACCAAAUGCCUCCCACACCUUAUUACAAUUACAUUUGCUGUUUUUUAUACGAAAAUACUUUAGAUUUAUGCUUAAACAACUGAUUGUAUGUGCAACACGCUUAUUAGGUCAAAUUCACAUACAUAUAUGUACAUAGUAUCAACAUAUCAAUAACAAUGUGUGGGAAUCCUCA